AUGAGCCGCCCAGUCCACUGCCAGAAUGUUACCGCGGCAGCCCCGGCAGAGGAGCGAGUAGGAUGGGUUUCCCCUCCGACUACCCGAGGUACAUCCGAUAUUCUCUUCAGUUGUUUAUCCGUCUUCAUCAUCUGCUCCUGGAAGUGUGUGCACUUGAAUAUACCAAGCAUCGAGGAGAGCGAGGCAGGCUGCCAUACCGCCUGGGGCUGGCUCCCUUUCUGGCCUACAGCUCCUCUCCGGCGGCUCUGGGGUCGAAAGCUCCGGUGGAUGGCCUUGAUUGCUAUUGCUCCAGAGAUCGGGAUUGCCGUGGCAUUUAAAGAUUUCAUGAAGGCCCGGGAAAUCUUCAAGGAAUACCAACAUCUCGGAUUCACCAUGACUCACGCUUUUUACGCCUGCAUGGGUGGUUACCGGAUCGCGAUUCCUCAAGCGCUCAGACAUCGUGAUGGUGCCGCUCACAAUAACGAGCUACCGACUUCGGGGGCAGCGCCUGUAGAGGCGCUGGAGGGCGGUCCUGCGCCAGGCCAUAGCCUGCCUCUCGUAAAGGAGGAAGACAUCCGCAACGCGUCAGCAUCGGAUGCCAUUACCAAGGGGUUGGCCAUCCUUCAAUGCGGGUGGUUGGUCAUCCAGAGUAUCGCGCGAGCGGCCGCGGGUCUGCCACUCACCGAGCUCGAGCUGAUGACACUGGCUUUUAUCCCCUGUGCCCUGGUCAUGUACGGAUUGUGGUGGGAUAAGCCAUUCGGGGUUCAGCGUGCAACCCUCAUAUAUCCUCUGGACCCGAAGAAUGCGAGAGCUCUGCAUGACAGAUUGGGACUAUCGAAUAGAUUGGCGAGAAGUGCGCGGAAUGAGGACGGGGCUCAGAGCUUCCAAGUUCUUCUUGAAUUUUACUUUUCAGUAUGGAGUAUGAGAGAUCAUGUGUAUUGGGACUCCGUGAUCUGCAACAUUACGUCCAUAGUAUUUUCUGUUUUCCAUCUCAUCGCUUGGAACUGGGAGUUUCCAUCGAAGACAGUCAAAAUCCUCUGGCGGGUCUUCAGUGUCACUGCGACUGGCGCCCCUGUGGUCCUGGUGACUACACCAAGUCUACUUUCCUGCACAUCCCUUUGGUCUUCCGGCGUGUGGAGGGCUUUGGGGACCUUCAUUGUGGUGUCGUUUGGCCUGGGUUGGGUGUACAUUAUCGCGCGAGUCAGUUUGAUCGUUCUGGUGUUCUAUUGCUUUUCCUCAAUGCCCGCUGAUGUCUACAAAGCAGUGCAAUGGACCGCAAUUUUCCCUCAUUUCUCCUGACACUGUGUCAGGCAACGGAAUGACGUGGAACCCAUUGGACCGGGCUGAUUAUAGUUCGAUGAAAUCAUCCAUCACAAUCUGUAUUUUUCUUACUGCGUUUAUUCCAUUAGCGCAACACAGAGCCCUUGGCUAUGUUCUUGAGGCAUGUAGAAGGGUCCAACAGUGGAUAUCGCAUUGAUGGCCGAGGGAAGGA